CACAGAGGGGGUUUCACUGCAGCCAGUCCCAGCUGUGCAGCGCUCAUAAUCUGCUGCAGCCCUCUCUAUCCUCCAGAGGCAAUGCUGGAGUUUUGAGAGACGAGCGAGCGGCGCUGAGCACGGCUCUUAUCAUGCGGUUCACAGCUUUGAAACAGGGACGAAGUUUCCACAUUUGGUUUUAACCUGCUGUUCUCACCACUCUGCGACAACAUGGAGUACUGGAGGCAGUGUGCGAUGUGGCUGAUCAGCUGCAACGUGCUGCCAGCGAACCACCGGGUAACUGCGGACACGGCGCAGGUAUUCGAUUUGGCGCAAACCCUGCGGGACGGGGUGCUGCUGUGCCAGCUGCUGAACAACCUGAGACCUCACACUAUCAACCUGAAGGAGAUUAAUCUCAGGCCACAGAUGUCACAGUUCCUGUGCUUGAAGAACAUCCGCACAUUCCUGACAUCGUGCUGUGAGGUGUUUGGGAUGAAGAAAAGUGACUUAUUUGAAGCUUUUGAUCUCUUUGAUGUUCGAGACUUCGGAAAGGUUAUGGACACGCUAUCCAAGCUCUCUUACACAUCAAUUGCACAGCAAGCAGGAUUCAAGCCAUUUCCAACAGACGAGAGCCUAAAAGACGAGGACAUUUACAAUAAUCUGGAAGACUUGAUUGAUGAGAAUGCCCUUGAGGAUGAGGACGACUUGUAUGCAGUGGUCUAUGGACUGGAAGAAGACUACGCCAGUGGAGAGAUCUAUGAAGAUCUCAUGAGGGCCGAGCAGAAUCCCCCGCUGAAGCAGGCAGAGGUAGAUGUCCGGAGCUGCUGCCUUACGGAGAUCAAACAGACGGAGGAGAAAUACACAGAGACCCUGGAGUCCAUUGAGAAGUACUUUCUCAAUCCUCUGAAGAUGUUCUUCUCUGCAGUUGAAAUUGACAAAGUUUUUGUCAACAUUCCAGACCUGGUUAAAGUUCACAAGAGCCUGAUGGUUGAUGUCCAAGACUCCAUCUUGAACAAAAAUGCCUUAAAUCUCUACCAGAUUUUUAUCAGCUACAAAGACAGGCUGCUCAUUUAUGGGUUAUACUGCAGCCAGGUGGAGAUCGCCAUUGCUUUUUUAGACCUCAUUUGCAAAGAGAAAGAGGACGUUCGCCUGAAGCUGGAGGAGUGUUCCAAACGGGCCAACAAUGGGAAGUUCACACUCAGGGACCUGCUGGUUGUCCCGAUGCAGAGAGUCCUCAAGUACCAUCUUCUGCUUCAGGAGCUAGUCAAACACACUCACGAUGCUGCUGACAAGAGCAACUUGAAGAUCGCUCUUGAUGCCAUGAAAGACCUGGCUCAGUAUGUCAACGAGGUGAAGAGAGAUAAUGAGACUCUAAGGGAGAUCGACCAGUACCAGAGGUCUAUCGAAAACUUGAAUCAGCCUCUAAUCAUCUUUGGUCGGCCAAAAGGAGACGGCGAGGUGCGCAUGAUUUCCAGUGUUGACAAGAGGAAACAAGACAGACACAUCUUUUUAUUUGAUGUAGCUGUCAUUGUUUGCAAGAGACGAGGAGACAACUAUGAGAUGAAGGACAUACUCGACCUCAACUACUUCAAGAUUACCAACAACCCCACCUCUGACAGAGAGGGCAAAAAGUGGUGCUACGGGUUCUAUGUGACUCACCAGCAGGGGUACACAGGCUUUGAACUCUUUUUUAAGACCAGAGAGCUGAAGAAGAAGUGGCUGGAUCAGUUCGAAAUGGCCAUAUCAAAUAUCCGACCAGAAAAAGCCAACCACAACUCCCACCAGUUCAAGAUGCACACAUUUGAAAGGAUCACGUCCUGUAGCUUCUGUCACCUCUUGCUCAGGGGCAUCUUUAACCAGGGUUAUCUCUGUGUAAAAUGUGGGCUGGGGGCUCAUAAGGAGUGUCUCGGUCGACUGGGAGUGUGUGGGAGAACAGAUUCUGCCAAGCCGAAACCCAAGGAAAGCACAGCACCGCCAGACCCAGGUUUACCCAGAAUGGUUGUGAUCAGAGACUACUGUGGCAUCCCCUAUCCCCAGUGUGGGCCCCCACUAAGCAUUCACGCAGGGGAUGUCAUUGAACUGAUGUUUGCCGACCUGCACAGCUCGUGGUGGCAGGGCAAAAUUCUGGCGACAAGCAAGAUUGGCUUUUUUCCAAGUGAUGCUGUGAGGCCUUGCCCGUGUGUUCCAAAACCUGUCGAUUACUCUGCCCAGCUCUGGUUUGCAGGGCCCAUGGAGAGAUGCCAGGCUGAGGUGGAGCUCCUGGACCGAGGAAACAGCACCUAUCUGGUUCGACACAGGAGUAAAGAAUGCACUGAGUAUGCCAUCAGUAUAAAGUUCAACAAUAAAAUCAAGCACAUUAAGAUUCUGACCAAGGAUGGCUGCUUUUACAUCGCUGAGAGCCGACUGUUCAAGACUGUGCUGGACUUAGUGGAGUACUACAAGGAACACUCUCUGAAGGAAGGUUUCAGCAGUCUUGACACCACUCUGCAGGUCCCCUAUAGGGAGCUGUCCAAUGGAAACAUGCCUGGGGCCAUUACCAAGGCUGGCAGUGUUCCUCCUGGCAGCUGCAGCUUUGUUCCCCCCUCCUCCUCGCCUUUCUGGUCAGUGUUUUCUCCCAGGGUGGUGGGUAUUGCAGUGGCACGUUACGACUUCUGCUCCAGAGACACACGGGAGCUUUCACUUCAACAGGGAGACAUUAUCAAGAUCUACACCAAGAUGUCCAGUGGCUGGUGGAAGGGAGAGGUCGAUGGCAUGGUGGGCUGGUUUCCCUCUACCUAUGUGGACGAGGAGGACUGACUUUGCUGGUUGAUUGACGUCUUCUCAGUGUCCAUUCAAAGCUGACCACCUCCACUGAGCACCAUGCUGCUCAUCCACUCUCUGUGCCCUGCAAGUCAGAUCUCUUUGAUAAGACCGAGAGACUCAGACUUAAGAAGAAGCAGCAGUGCCCUCAAAAGCCUUCUCCUGCCCUCUUACAGACUCUCACGCAGAGCAGAUGUCAAAUCACUGAUUCCAGGAGCGUCACACCAUAUCUCGCCUCUCUGUGGUCCUGUCUGCCCCCGUGGCCCACCGGGAAGUGCAUGUGCUGUACCCAGAUAACCCUCCCCGCUCCCUAACCUCUCACCUUGUCUUAUUAUUGAUGACUCCAUUGGCUGGCCUAAGAACUUGCCUUCACUGUCAUCAUGUUUCGAUACCAGGAAGGCUCAGUCACCCAACUGGAACACAGAUCCUGCUGACAGCGCAUUGCCAAGGGUACUCCACCAAAUUGAAAUGCAGGAGCUGAGGAGCUUUGACUGUUGUUGGAACACUUACAGCCUUCUUGGCCAUUCAGACUUCUAUGUCCAGCUUUCUAUCGAAGAUUCUUUUUUUUAUUUUAAAAAUUGAAACCACCAGACUGAUAUAAACCAUAUGAUAUUUAAAUGCAAUCUCUGAAAGGAGAUUUGACACUGUUGGACAGGAAAUCAUAUCUGGAGACAGAGUAGAAGCUUUUGUUGCCGGUUUAUUUUACUUUCUGUUUUGAUCACAGUGUUUAAUUGAAUCUGAACCUCAUCUUUAAUUACCCCCUUCAUGAGGCACGAGAUUGAUGCCAAAAAUAAAAAACUGCCUUACCCUUUAAUUGUUCCCGCCCAAAUAUAAAGCAAUAGUUCACCAUUUUGGGUAAUAAAGUUAAAAGGUGGAUUUUGUUACCUUCGAGCAUAUUCAGGCUACCCAUUUGCCGUUUUCAGUCUUUAUGCUAAGCUAAGCUAAUUAUCUUCUAUUUGUAGCUUUACAUGCUGUAUAGCAUGUGGUAUCAAUCAUGUGGUAUCAAUCAUGUCAUCUGAUUUUUUAACCAAGAAAGCAAAUAAGUGUGCUUCCCCAAAUAUCAGAAUAUCCCUUUAAGCUUUAAGCUACCACAAUUACAACUAGCCCCACAAGGCUAAAUGAAUAUGGUGAAUCAUCAAAAGGAGGAAGGAACACACACUCUGAUAAUGUUUCAAGAUGUUCCCAUUUAAUGGCACUAAAGGGAAAAAAAAGAGAAGCCCAGUUCUUAUGUUAGCCUUCAGACGUGAAGUCAUCAAAGAGAAAAAAAUAUGUGCACAAAAGGAAUUACAAAGCCAAGUAAGUUUUAAAAGAGCAUGUGCGGGGUAGAUUGUGUAAUUGGAGGUAAAGGUCUAUACUUCACUGCGGGUUCCUUCAUCUUUUAAUCAUUCGCUGUGGAAACCAGAGAGCCCUUUUACAUUCCACAGAUUUUGUGUUUACCUCGACUCUUUUUGGUUUCAGAAUGAAUGAUUCAAGGGUGAUGUAACAGCUGUUCACUGUAGUGCAAGGUAGCACAAGGGCAUCAAGUGAUACUGUUUUCCUUCAAACGUUAACACCCUGCUAACCAUGUGUGUGACAUCAAUAUUUAAUAAAAGCAUACUCUUUGAAUUGUACUUUUGAAAUUUGAUAGGCUAUUUUUCCCUUUUCAGACAAAUGUUACAUUGCUGGAACAAAGGCUCUACAGUUGCAUCACAAAUCACACCUGUGUCUGACACAGUUGUGGAGGCUCAGAGAAAAAACUGGCUGUGCUCAAAUAAUGGCUAAACAAACAGAACAGAGAACGAGGGACGUCGGAGAACAGUCGUGGUGGAGAAACAUAGUGUGGGGACGUUACCUUUCCCGCCACUUCACCUGCACACCUGUUGGAAAUCUACUCAUCACCACACCCACUUCCCUGCUGCAUUUAAAGACUGGUGCUUCAGUCCAUUCUUCUUGUUUGUCUGGCAUCCAUCAUGGUAGAAACUUUGACUGACCUAGUUCUAGUAAAAAGUUUACCUUUGUGAGAAUCUCAGUCUGUGUGUAGUUGCCAACCUUUGGUUGUCUUGUCUGUGCUUCAGAAUCACUAGCCACAUAUCCACCUGUUGGUUUUGACAUCUUAACCUCUGGUUUCCUGGAAAAGUUCAACCCAUGCUCUGCCCUCCACCUCAGCCCCAGACCCUCUCUCCCCAACUUAGAUUCCCCUCCUCACCUACCUGAGGCUCCUACUGGUUUUGCCUGCCUGCCCACGAACUUUUGCUCUUUUUUUUUUUUCCUAGUAGAGAUAAACUGUUUGAACUUGAUUCCUGCCUCUGUGUGUGAAUCUGCAUCUGGGUCCUAGUAAAUUGGAAACAGUUGUGGUGUGUUAUUGAGAUAUUUACAAAUUUAACAGUGUUUGUUGGACUACAGCUUUUGAUUUUAAUAGAUCACAGUUUUCCUGUAAGCCCUAAGCGUUUGUUUACCUUCAGGUUAUGAGUUUCCUGUCUUUUGACUGUGAGUCCAGUUCUGUUUGCAAAUCAAAAUUUGCUGCUGGUAGAUACACUAUCUUUUCUUGCAACAUAUUUGAUUAAUUAAACGAGAUUAAGCCCUAGUUACUAUCAAAUUAUCUCCAUAACCAUAAUGUUUCC